AUGGCUCUAAAUCACCGCCUGGAAGAAUCCUUUCGCCUCUGUUCGGUUUGUUUGCCGCCGUCCGCUUGUGGUGACUGCUUACGCCCCCAACCAACUGCAGCUCUGACACCGUCAAAGACAAUUUUUUAUGAUGCCCUGGAUACCUUAUCCCUUGGUAAAAGUCCGGACGGCGGGAACGUGUUUUCUCCGCAGUGCGACUGCUACACGUGUUCCGUAGUUGUCCGUGGACUUGUGAAGAGUGGUUCUUCCUGCUCCCUGCGCUUGCGCUCCCUGCGCGCGCGAGUCUGUGUUUGCCGACUGGUUCGGUUUCCCUAUAUGUCGGUCCGUUUGCGCUCUUUUACUGAAUGCGUUCCACGAAGGCCUCCUCAUGUUUCAUUUGGUGCGAUAUUCGGGAUAUCACAGUAUAUUUUCAUAAAGGAAACUACUCACAAGGCGGGCCCAGACAGAAGAAAAAGCACAUGUGCAGAGAGUGACGCACCCCCAAGGUCACCAUCGGUACGACACGUCCGGAAAGUAGGUGAGUCGCCGGCUCCCACCAAACACGGCUUAGCAACAGACGACCAGCGUAGUGGGCCUGAGAGUGUUCACUACCGGAGCACCACCAUUGGCUGUAUUGAGCGAACAAGAUCACAAGAAUCUCAGCUGAAUCUCUCGUUUAUGAUAUUUCUCGACUAA